CCAUCGCUCAUCGUUGUUUGACGUUUGUUUGUUGGAGUUGGUGAAGUGAAGACUAUUAUUUGCUCAUAAUAAAUUUGCUAUGCGUGUACCUAGCUAUAAAUUAAACAUAAACGGUCAGCUAACAGAAAGCAUCACAGUCAGAUAAUUGAAUUUUGAUGGGUGCACGCUUAAUACACAAAAACUUUCAAGAUGAUGGCUGGAAAAGCAAUGCCAGAAACAGAAGAACAAAACAGGAUAAGGUUUCAAGUUGAACUAGAAUUUGUGCAAUGUUUGGCCAACCCUAACUACAUACAUUUCUUGGCACAGCGUGGUUAUUUGAAAGAAGCUACAUUCAUUAACUACCUCCGCUACUUGCAAUACUGGCGGGAGCCAGAAUAUGCUCGCUAUCUAAAGUACCCAAUGUGCCUCCACUUCCUAGAGCUGCUACAACAUGAAGCAUUUAGAAGAGAAUGUGUAUCAGCACAGGUUUGCAAAUUUAUGGAUGAUCAAGCGAUUUUGUUGUGGCAACAUUACACACGGCGGCGUACGCGCACGCUGCAGCCGCCGGACGCGCCGGCGCCGCCUGCUCCCCCCGCACCGCCACAACAGGGACCACCUCGACAACAGACAUAGACAUAUCACAGAUAAUAUAGAAAAUAAUGGUAAAGCUCCUUCACUGCAAGAAGUAUAGCCUGUUGUAAAAAAAAGUUGAAUUGCCACCACAAAUAUAACUCCAAUAUAAAUGUGGAUGACAGUAGUACAUUAUAUACCAAGUCAAGAUAUUGACUGUUCAUGUUCAUACAUAUUUCAAGCAAGUAAGUCAUCUGCCAGCUGCAUGAUUCUUUUGUAUAACACAAUAAGUAAAAAGUUCUAUGUUAUUUGUGUUUAAAAAUAACAUUAUUUUAGACAAAAUGUUGUUUUUGAAAUACUAAAGAACUUUUCAAUGAUCAUAUAGGAAUUUUGGUGAAAAAUUGGAUCUGUAAUACUUUUGUAUUUAUUUUGUUCUAGUGGAUUAUUUUUUUUUGUCAGUGUAAAGUAUUAUUAGUAUUCGGGUUUUCGAAAAUUCUCAGUAAGUCACUGAAUACCUUACUAGGUUUUAAGUGGAUUUUACAUUGUAUAAGUACACAUUUGCUUAUACUUCUUUAAUAAAAGGUUGGAUGUUAUCCAUAUUGAUCACUAUCUGGUUUGUGGUAAUAGCUAUUUUCAAGAAAAUCAGCAGUUGGCACCAUGACACCUCUCUAUAAUAUAAACAAAUUCAUAGCGAAUAGGGAAUGUCUUUGAAAGUUUGAACAGACUGAGUUAUUGUAUAACUUUUAGAUAAGUAUAAUAAAAGUUUUUU